AUGCAAUUCAAGAUCACUUCCGCGCUCAGCGUCCUCCUGUUGGUUCCAUCGACCUUUGGAUUUUCCAACACAGCAGGAGUGUCCCAAGUAUCUUGUUCCAGUCAGUCUCUGGUAACACCCAAUAAGUCACUACACAUUCUACAGAGCACCAAUGAUGUCGACAACGAAGCCAAGGUCCUCACCAAGGAAGAAAUCACUGAAAGCUUGUACUUUCCAUUGACCUUCGACGACAUGGUCAAGCAAACCUCGUCCACAAUGCAAGCGGCCUACGAAAAGGGCAUGACACGACAGACCAUUCGAAUCUUACUUCCCCGCAGUACGGAUAGCGAAAACCUAGGGCAGUUCUACGAGACAGAUGCCGAAAAUGAAAUGGGCGACAGUGUUCUAGUCCCACCAGAUGAAACCUGGCAAGGAGGAAUUAUGCAACUGUACCGAGCCUGCAGUUAUUCCUGUCAAGAAAUUCUUCGUCAGUUUACCCGGAAUGCGGCUGGUGGUGUCGUCCCCCGCUUGCAAGAAGAUCGAUCGGUUGAUGAAUCUGGUGUCGAUGGUAUUGGUUUGUGGCUCACACAAGGUUCUACUCCCGCAGAUGAUGUUUCUUGCUUUGUGCAACCCGCUCAAGAAACGGUCAGUGCCAUUGAAUCCAUCAGUCAACAAGCUGGCAGUCGAUUGGUCACCUUGAUGAAUCCCCAAUGGAGAAUCACAGAUGACGCCUUGGAUACGGCCAGUCGAUCCGAAGGUGCUUGGGGAACUUUUGCUUCCUUUUUGGGUGGCAAGGGUGGAUCUCUUCGUAAAUUGGAAGAGUUGGGCUUUACCAAUGUCUUUGUCAUGGAAGGUUAUGUCUGUCGGGGUGGCAAUACCCGCAUGAUGAAGCGCUUCGAUUCCGACUGGGCUGUCUUUGCCGAGAAUGAUGCUGGAACCGAGUUCAUCAAGGUUGGAACCAGCGAGACCCGACCCACCUACCAAGACAUUGAUGCCAUGUUGGAAGAAAAGGGUGUGGCAUUGAAGUAUGCCCGUGACAUUGGUUUGGCUCCCAAACUAUAA